UAUAAACUAAACUGGCGUAAACUUGCAUAGCGGUGUAUUGGUUGUGGGACUUGAAACAACUUGAAAGACGAACAUCUUCGGAAACGUUGUUAUAAUUAUCAUGAAGAAAAGAAAAACAAGACGUCAACUUUUGUCAGAGAAAAAAGCUAUUGCUAAACAAUUGGUUGAUAAAGCAAAUUCAGUGACAAAUCCUUUAGACCCUUUAAAUGAUUUUCAUAAAUAUACAACCAAAGAUAAUCAAAUUAUUGAACUAUCUUGUAUGAGAGCCAAAGAUGCGCUUCCGGAAUGCAAAUCUUGGAUAUUUGAUAUUAUGGAACGUAAUAUGAAAUCUCUGUAUGAGCAGUGUGAUUGGGGGUGGGAUCCAAUUGCUAAACAAAAAGAAUUAACAGAGCCAGCAGCUUGGUAUUUAAUAGCUUCUUCUAAUAAUGUAUAUCUUGGAUUUUCUCAUUUUCGAUUUGAUACAGACAAUAGAGAAGAAGUAUUAUAUUGCUAUGAGAUACAGUUGGAAUCUGUAAUAAGAAGAAAAGGGCUUGGUCAUUUCAUGAUGUCAGCUCUUGAAUCUAUGGCAUUGGAAAACAAAAUGCGUAAAGUAGUUUUAACUGUAUUUAAACAUAAUCCAUCGGCUGUACAGUUUUUUUAUUCUCUUGGUUACAAAUUGGAUAAGACCAGUCUACCAAUAUCCGAUGAAGCACAUUACAUUAUUUUAAGUAAAUUUAUAAAGUGAAGCCAAAUGAAUUCAACAAAAUAUUAGAUUAUUUAACCUAAGACUGUGUUUUAUGGAAUAA